ACAGCGUUUGUCGAGUGGAAGUCUCCACCACUGCCUCAAUACCAGCCGCGGACUAUUCGGUGGCGCAAACGAGCCCUCUAUGGCCUCGAGAGGAGUUGGUCUCAAGAGUUCCAGACAGUGAACGCCCCAAACAUACCGCUGCCCACAGUGUAUGUCGAGCCCAUCAAACACUUCUACAUCUUCAGAGGCGAUAGAGUGGAGGUAUUGGUGGGCAGAGACAAAGGCAAACACGGGAUCGUUAACUAUGUGGUGACUGAACGCAAUUGGGUGUGCGUUGAGGGACUCCAUCUCAAGUACAAGACUGAGAGCAAAAGCCACGAUUACCCGGGAAUGAUGGUCUCCACCGAACGGCCUCUACUCGUGCCC